UCGAAGCAGUGACACCUCGGCUGACGACGGUGAAAAACGCGCGGCCGCGAUCAACUAGAAGCGGCGAACACAUUUUUCACACUUGAGCAUCAUCGACCGGAACUCGCCGCUCCGAGGAAGAUUGUGAGAUUCUUCGACACGACUGGUCGAUGCGCUUCCAGCUGCAGUAGUAUCGAUCGUUGCAAAUUGGAUUGCCGUUAAGAUUCGAGCAUUAGAGACCACCUUGGAGUCGAGCAGACUUGUUCAGUGUCGACGGUAUCAACGCGAAAUUUCCAGAGAGAAUUUCGGAGUUCAGAGCAUUUGCGACUUAAUUUGCCACUGCAUGGAGAAGCACACGUCUAACACUUGGGGGAUGUUCCGUAAACGAGCGUGACCGAGAGAAAUAAGGGUAUGCGAACUGCACGUGUUCACGAAUGAGAUUUGUUAGCAGGGCUUGUAACGAGAGUCAGUGAUCUUAACAAAUAGGAGGAUGCAACCACGGGUGACAGUGGUUCUGGCCAUAGUCUGGCUGACGGUGGCGGUUCUGGUAGGAGGAGCAGUUACCCUCCACCUCUCUCACGAUCAAUACUCCCCCGUAUCUCCACGCCGACACGCUAGAGUUCAACGGGACCAUACUGGAGUCUGGAGAGAUCACUAUCCGGCCGAGGAUCAAACGCUCGACCUUUGGAUCACCUCGCGAAGGUCGAUCUCCGCGGAGGAACCAGGAGCUCUAUUUCGCAAUGCCACCGAGCGAGAUUUUCAGCUUGAAGGUUUCUUGAAGGACAUUGUCUCGUCAAAGCGAAUGUACCCCUUUUCAGGCUGGCAAAGGCGGUUGUCGAAUAUCGCUGGCGCGCAAUUCGCGACCGACAAAGUCGAUUACGGCUAUGAGAUGCCGGAAACGCUUUCACACGAAGCGGAGGUAUCCCCUUCAGACCUUUUAAACGACCUCUUUGUAGCAGACGACACGUUCCAGGAUCAAGGUCCAGGAUCGAUGGAAAUAUAUAAAUUAGAUCUAUCCAAAGAGAAGACUUUACUAACCGCAACCACGCCCUCCACAAAUUUACUGUCGAAAAAUAAGAGCAAAGCUCCAAAAAAAAAUUUGAAUUCAAAAACAAAGACAACAGAAGUCAAGUCAACAACAAUAAAUGCGAACAUUAAUCACAGACAAUCAAACUUUUUCGAAGAACAACGAACCGAUACUCCUUUGAUCAACGAAGACGCCUUCGAUGUUGGUGGCGUGCCGGAGCUACAGGUUGGAUGCGAAGGUCUCGAAGCGUCGUUGUCGUCCCACAAGACGAAAAGAUCGAUAGAUACGCCCGACAAGGAGAAGGGCGAGGUGCCAGCGUCUGUGCUGCUAAACGUGUCGCCGGUAUCCUUGGAUCUCGGCGAUGUUCUGUCAUAUGAUGAAGAAGAAUAUGAGGAAAUGGAUGAACUUCUCAAACUCAAAAGACUGGAGACUACCACGAAAAGAAAUAAACCAAAUAGGGGAGAUAUGGAUGCCAGCCAUCUUAAUUCAGACCAUCUGGAUGAGUUUAGGCGACCAGAGAAAUUACCAGAACGAGGAGAUUUGGGUGGAUCCAUCCCAAUAAAUUCCAGUGAAUCAAUAACUAGCAAACAAAAGACCAAGCGAUCUCUAACAGAUCUCGAAAUUAAGAACUAUGAGGAGGCCGAACCAAAGCGAAAAACCGUUUCAUUGUACGGUGAUAACGGCGCCAGCAAAAGUCAUGGUCGGCGGUUACUGUGGUUUGCCAAAGCAAAUACUGAGGGAUUUGCGGACGGUAGAAACGAACGGAAGCGCACGAGACGGUCGAUCGAUUGGGGCUUCGGUGAGGAUGAAGGUGUCGUGUCCAGCAACGAGUUGCAGACCGUGAAUGAACGUCGCAGGCAGCACGAGAUGCGAUACCAUCAAGACACAUCUAGAAGACGUGACCAGCAUCAUGGAUUAAAUACUGACACCGAUGUUAGACAAGAAUACGAGAAAUUACUUGAGCAAAAACGAAGAGAAGAAGAGUAUUUGCGACGAAUGCAACAGGCUAAUCAAAGACCGUCAAAUAAACGGGAGGAGGAAGAGAAAAAUAGAAAAGAUGAGUUGCGAAGAAGACAAUACGAAGAGUAUCGUAAGAAGAUGAACAUUUCAACACAUCGUAUAGAUAACGAAGACAUGCGACGGCAGAUACAAGAAAGACAAGAGCAAAUGCAAGAAGCAGUCAGAAGAAACGAAGAAGAACUAAGAAGACGAGAGGAAGAAGAACGAAGAUUACAAGAAGAAGAAAUUAAAAGGAGACCACAAAACAAAUGGCAAGAGAAAAAUUUUAAAAAAUCGGGCUCUAAAACUUCUGUAAGAGAUGAUGAAAGGAAACGAACACCUUAUGAUGAAGAAAUGAAGAGACGGGAGGAAGAACAACGAAGCCGAUUAGAAGAAGAACAAGCAAGAAGGCAGGAGCAAUAUAGAUCGCAACAAGAAGCUCAAAGAAAAAGGGAAGAAGAAACAAGGCGUCAAGAUUCAAUGAGAAAUUUUUCUGAAAAUGAUAAAAGAAAACUAGAAGACCGUCGUAGAGAAUGGUCAAAAAAGAGGCAAGAGGAUGAAGAUGAGAGAAGGCGACAGCAACCAUCGAAUUUAAUGCACGCAGAACACUCAGUCAGUCAUCCGAACGAUAUCAGACAGCGCGAUCGAGACGAAAAAAGACAACAGCACGAAGAAAGACAGCGAAAACAAAAAUUGCAAGAAUAUAUCACGCGAAAUCGACCUAUCAAUGUCAAUCAUGUCGAUCAAAGAUCGGAAGAAGAGAAACGACGUUACAGACUCGAAGAAUAUCGAGAUCCUCGGAUGAAUGUGAGUAGAAACGACGAAGAGUACCGUCGACGAUUGGAAGAGCGUAAAAGACAGCAGGAAGAAAGAAAACUACAGGAUUACAUCAGGAGGAACCAACCAGUGAAUGUGCCAUCGAGAGAUAAUCAAUCGACCACAGCCGGUCGUAACUGGUUCGAGGAGCAAAGACUGAUCGAGAAAGCCCGUCGUCGCGACAGAUAUCCCGAUCUAGGAGUGAGGAGAGACCACGGACCGUCGGCGCCUACGUAUAUCGAUCCGCGAAGCUCACCAGAGGAAGUCAGACGGAGGCAGCAAGAGACGGCGAGAAGAUUGGAGGAGGAAAGACGGCAGAGAUACGAGGCGGAAGAGCGACGGAAGGAACUCGCCAGGCGACAGUGGGAGGAGGAAGAAGAGAGACGCUUACGGCAGCAACGGAUGCGAGAAGAGGCGGCCAGGCGAGAAGAGGAAGCAAGGAGGGAGCAAUCUAGGAGGUACGAGGAGAACAGGAAGCAACUAGAGAUAGCAAGGAUACAGGCCGAGAGAAGGAGGCAGGAGAUGUUGAAACAACGAUCCAGAAACGAAGUUGGUAGAACGAAACAACCAGAAAUCACAAGGCCGAUCUAUCACCAGAAUCCUCGUCUUUUGGCAGAACAUAGAAGACGGCAGGAUAGCAGGCCCAUUCCGAGUAAUUUGAUGCGAGCCGAAGAAGCUAGGCGAGCGGUGGCAGAACACGAAAGGCAAAGAUUGGAAGCUGAGAAACGACAACAGGAAGAGAGCAGAAUGAGGGAGCACACGCAGAAGGAGAUCUUCACCGAGCAAUGGAAACGACAAGAACUAGCCAGACUAAACUCUCUGCCGGUGAGCGCAAGGAUAAUAGUUCGUCCUGGUAGCUCCUCACCGACGUCGCCCGUCUCGCCACCAGUGAUAUCGAGGAACGGCUUCAACAACGAGAUCGAUUUUACGGGAAUCAAUCCACAUCGGGAAGGUGUACAAGUGGCACAGUUUCCUGUCCCUCCAACGCCGAGACCACCUGCCCAGAGUCCUGCUCCAUGUGUUUGGGCAGUUGUUCACUGUUGUUCAUCCAAUAACAAUCGUCUUGUGAAGUGUUUCGAAUCGUUGGGCUGCCCCGGGAUUAAUUGGGAUCCUAACCCGUGCAGAGGGCCUGUCGCGGACGCUGCCAGAACAGAAGUCCUCAAGUUCUAUGCCAAUUCGUAAAACUAAUAAUAUCAAUAAGAUUCAGCCUUUACUUUUGAAGAGAUGAAUAACAACUAGACGAGAAACAAAAAAGAAUAAGACUCUCCUGUCUCUUCAACACCGACGGAAAUCUCCCCCUCCCCUUCUCUCCCUCUCUCCUCCCCUCCCCCCCCCUCUCCCC